AUGAAGAAGUAUUUCAAGAAUUCGCUCAAGAGAGCCGUAUUUGCUCCGUGGGGAUUGGCCCUGGGAACCCCUGAGGCCCCGCCGGGGUGUACGUAUAUAGAACUGCCCGCUCCUGCAGGUUUGGGGUGGGGGGAGGACAAAGGACCAGCUUUUCAAUUCCAGAAGCUUAUUGCAGUUGAGGAAGCGGUCAAUAAAGAGAGGCAGAACUACCAAGACAAAAUAAGAGCAGGCAGCAGCAGGAACUACUGCGUUGUCUGUGAAAAAGAAGUUGUUGCGGGCCAGGCUCUUCGUUGUUCUUCUUGCGGCGCAACAGGAGCUACCUGCAGUGCCAGCGGCGCCUACUCAGAAGGAAAUGAGGCCGGCGGCUUGCUGCCCGACGGGUUCAACCCCAAUCGCCCCCCGUCGGAGCCAGAAGAAGGAAGUGCCCCAGGAGCCGCUGCGUCCUUGCCUGCGUGUGAGGGAGAGGACUCAGGCGUGCGUAACUCCCAGGAGGGCGGCGGUGGCGAGACCAGCCUCAUCCACGAAUUUGGGGCCGGAGUUGAAGUUGGCGGAGAAGAAGAGCCUGAUGAACGACCCGCAGUUUGGUGUCACCACAAGAACUGCAAAAACGAUGCAGAUGCAAAAGGCCUGCUCAUUUGCACCAAGUGCCAGAGGGGUUUCCACGCGGGAGCAGUUCCCGUGGGACAGAGACACACACCAGACAUCAAUUCCCAGAUUUACAGACACUACACGCUUGCUGGAUACCAGCGGCAGUGUAUCGUGAGCACAGACGCGCAGAACAGGCGGACAAUUGGAGAGGCUCGGGCUGCACCGUGCAGAUUUGCCUGCCCAGCGCUGCGGUGCCUGUUUACCCCAAAAAUGCCAUUGCUGAUGACAGGCGCAUGUUCACCGCAGAAGCGCCGCUUCACACCAGAGGUGCCUGCACACCGCACAGGCGCCUGCGCACUGCAGAGGUGGAUGUACACCUCAAAGGUGCCCACACACAUCAGCGGUGCGUAUUCACCGCAGACGCGCCUUUACAUUUCACAGGCGCCCGCGCAUACGAGAGAUGCCCAUCUACUUGACGGGCGUCUCUACAGCCCAGGUAUGCAUGCACACUUGAGAGCAGCCGGUGCACGAGAUAGGCGCCCUUACAUCUCUGGGGAGCUUGUUCGCCUCGGGAAUGCUGGCGCACCACAGAGAUACGUAUAUAGUCGGCAGGCGACUGCAUACCCGAGAGGCAGCUUUACGCCUCAGAGGUAUCUGUACACCGCAGACGUGCCUGCACACCCAAGAGGUGACGGUGCACAUGACAGGCGUAUUGACACAACGGAGGUGCUUGCACACUCCAGAGGUGUCUCAGCGCCUCAGAGAUUGCAGUACACUAGACAGGCGCCAACUCGAGCAAGGGUUGCGUCUAUACCUUGUAGGUGUCUGUAUGCUCGUCAGAUUCCUGUACGCAGUAAGGUUGCCUCUGCGCUGCAGAGGUGCCUGUACACACGGUUUGUGGCCGUACAUUUUGAAGGUAGCAGUACACCGGUGAGUGAGUGA